AUGAGGUCUUACCAGGCGACGUCGUGUAGAGCCUGGGGUGAGACGGACGAAGAGGUCAACUACUACACUUGCAUGGAUCUGGCCGACUUUUACUGGAUGGACAUAGAAACCUUCUUCAAGCUGAACCCGAUAUUGAAAAGCGACUGCAGUAGCAUUCAGCCUAAAACCGAGUACUGCCCUGACGGCUACUGCGGCGACGGCACCUGCUAUGAGGGUCACUGUCCCGGUGACGCCGUGUAUACCACCGAUGGCAAAUGCGGCCUCGACCACGGCAUGCGGCAGUGCGCCGGCAAAUGGGGUGACUGCUAUAGCAUGGAUGGCGAGUACGGCACCGGCCCCGACUUCUGCGGCACGGGCAAGUGCCAGAUGGGCAACUGCACCGGCCCAUCUCUUCCGACAGCGACCUCGCUGCCGCCAUUUUCCAUUCCGGGGGUAUCUUCUUCUACCGCCUCGAGGACUACGACGUCGGCGGCGACGAAGAUGGGGGCCGCGACGACCCCUUCGUCAUCGACGGUCGUGCCCCCCUCCCCAGCCUGCACAGGCGGGACCACCGCCGACGGUAUCUCGGGCAACUUCAUCGGUCUCUGCUCGUACAGAUGUGAUUUUAACCACUGCCCCGCUGGUGUGUGCGUCUGCACUGGGCCGGCCGCCAAGCCUGCAGCUAUACCGGCUCUCAAUGAUCGUCAUGGCUGUCCAGACGACAACGUCGCUGGAGGCCCGGAUCACGCUUACUACGUAGACCUAUCUAUGGCUAUUGCCCGCCUGGAGCUUGCAAAUACCGUUGAGAAAAUUCUGAGAGAUGAUCUAACAUGCGUCUAA